AUGGACAACUGUGAUGACCCGCUAGCGUCCCUGCUUUCUCCAAUGGCCUUUUCCAGUUCCUCAGACCUCACUGGGACUCACAGCCCGGCUCAGCUCAACCGAAGAGUUGGCGCUGGCGGGUGGUCCCCGGAAGAUUCCAACGCUCAGCAGUGGCUCCAGAUGGACCUGGGGGGCAGAGUGGAGGUCACCGCAGUGGCCACGCAAGGGAGAUACGGGAGCUCUGACUGGGUGACGAGCUACAGCCUCCUGUUCAGUGACACAGGACACAACUGGAAACAGUACCAGCAAGAAGACAGCAUCUGGACCUUUGCCGGGAACACGAAUGCAGACGGCGUGAUGCACCACAGGCUGCUGCACCCCGUGAGAGCCCGGUUUGUGCGCUUUGUGCCCCUGGAGUGGAACCCGAGUGGGAAGAUUGGCAUGCGGGUUGAGGUCUACGGAUGCUCCUAUAAAUCCGAUGUUGCUGACUUUGAUGGCAGGAGCUCCCUGCUGUACAGGUUCAAUCAGAAGCUGCUGAGCACCCUCAAAGACGUCAUCUCUCUGAAGUUCAAGAGCAUCCAAGGGGAUGGGGUCCUGUUCCACGGAGAAGGGCAGCGUGGAGACUGUAUCACGCUGGAGCUCCAGAAAGGGAGGCUCGCCCUGCGCCUCAACUUGGAUGACAGCAAAACCCGGCUCAGCAGCAGCCCGCCAUCAGCCACCCUGGGCAGCCUCCUGGAUGACCAGCACUGGCACUCGGUCCUCAUUGAGCGGGUGGGCAAGCACGUGAACUUCACCGUGGACAAGUACACGCAGCAUUUCCGGACCAAGGGAGAGGCCGAUGCCUUAGACAUCGACUAUGAGCUUAGUUUUGGAGGAAUUCCAGUACCAGGCAAACCUGGGACCUUUUUAAAGAAAAACUUCCAGGGAUGCAUGGAAAAUCUCUAUUACAAUGGAAUCAACAUAAUUGACCUGGCUAAAAGGCGGAAGCAUCAGAUUUACACCGGCAAUGUCACUUUUUCCUGCUCCGAACCACAAAUUGUUCCCAUCACAUUUGUCAACUCCAGCAGCAGUUACCUGCUGCUGCCUGGCACCCCCAACAUCGACGGGCUCUCAGUGGGUUUCCAGUUUCGAACGUGGAACAAGGAUGGGCUGCUUCUGUCCACAGAGCUGUCUGAGGGCUCGGGGGCCCUGCUGCUGAGCCUGGAGGCCGGGACCCUGAGGCUCCUGAUUCAGAAAACGACAAGACGGGCAGCGGAAAUCCUCACAGGCAGCAACUUGAACGAUGGCUUGUGGCAUUCAGUCAGCAUCAACGCCAGGAGGAACCGCAUCACUCUCACCCUGGAUAACGAUGCAGCGUCCCCUGCUCAGGACACCAGCCAGAUACAGAUUUAUUCUGGAAAUAGCUAUUACUUUGGAGGCUGCCCUGACAAUCUCACCGCUCCCCAAUGCUUAAAUCCUAUCGAGGCUUUCCAAGGCUGCAUGAGGCUCAUCUUUAUUGAUAACCAGCCCAAGGACCUCAUUUCAGUUCAGCAAGGCUCCCUGGGGAAUUUUAGUGAUUUACACAUUGAUCUGUGUAGCAUCAAAGACAGGUGUUUGCCAAACUACUGUGAACAUGGAGGAAGCUGUUCCCAGUCCUGGACCACCUUCUAUUGUAACUGCAGUGACACGGGCUACGUUGGCCCCACCUGCCAUCACCCCCUCUACGAGCGAUCCUGCGAGGUGUACAGGCACCGAGGGAACACGGCUGGCUUCUUCCACAUUGACCCGGACGGCAGCGGGCCGCUGGGAGCUCUCCAGGUGUACUGCAAUGUCACAGAGGACAAGAUCUGGACGUCGGUGCAGCACAACAACACAGAGCUGACCCGUGUGCAGGGCGCCAGCCCCGAGAAGCCCUACUCCAUGGCCUUGGACUACGGGGGCAGCCUGGGGCAGCUGGAGGCCGUGAUCGACAGCUCGGAGCACUGUGAGCAGGAGGUGGCCUACUACUGCAGGAGGUCCCGCCUGCUCAACACACCAGAUGGAGUUCCCUUUACCUGGUGGAUGGGCCGAUCAAAGGAAAGGCACCCUUACUGGGGAGGCGCUCCUCCCGGGGUUCAGCAAUGUGAAUGUGGCCUGGAUGAGAUUUGCCUGGACAUUCGGUACUUUUGCAACUGUGAUGCUGACAAGGAUGAAUGGACAAAUGAUACUGGUUUUCUUUCCUUCAAAGACCACUUGCCUGUCACUCAGAUAGUUAUCACUGAUACCAACAGAUCAAACUCAGAAGCUGCUUGGAGAAUUGGUCCCUUGCGUUGCUAUGGCGACCGACACUUCUGGAACGCAGUCUCCUUUAAUACAGAAGCCUCCUACCUCCACUUUCCUACCUUCCAUGCGGAAUUCAGUGCUGACAUUUCCUUCUAUUUUAAAACCACGGCUCUCUCUGGAGUUUUCCUAGAAAACCUUGGCAUUACAGACUUCAUCCGCCUUGAAAUAAGCUCUCCUUCUGAGAUCACUUUUGCAAUUGAUGUUGGGAACGGCCCCGUAGAGCUCGUAGUCCAGUCUCCUUCUCCUCUGAAUGACAACCAAUGGCAUUACGUGCGGGCCGAGAGGAACCUCAAGGUGACCUCGCUGCAGGUGGACGGCCUCCCGAGGAUGAGCAGGGAGACUUCGGAGGAGGGCCACUUCCGGCUGCAGCUGAACAGCCAGCUGUUUGUAGGAGGAACAUCAUCAAAACAGAAAGGCUUUCUAGGAUGCAUACGCUCCUUACACUUGAAUGGGCAGAAACUGGACCUGGAGGAGCGGGCCAAGGUCACAUCUGGAGUCCGACCAGGAUGCCCAGGCCAUUGCAGUAGUUAUGGCGGCAUCUGCCACAAUGGGGGCAAGUGUGUGGAGAAGCGCAGUGGAUACUUCUGUGAUUGCACCAAUUCACCAUAUGAAGGGCCCUUUUGCAAAAAAGAGGUUUCUGCUGUUUUUGAGGCUGGCACUUCAGUUACUUACAUGUUUCAAGAACCCUACCCAGUGACCAAGAAUCUAAGCCAGCCUUCCUCAGCAAUUUACGCAGAGCCGGCUCCAUCUAAGGAAAACAUCGCACUUAGCUUUGUGACAGCCCAGGCACCCAGCCUCUUGCUUUAUAUCAAUUCUUCCUCUCACUACUUCCUGGCUGUCCUGCUCUGCAAGAAUGGAAGCUUACAAGUUCACUAUCAGCUGAGCAAGGAAGAAACCCAUGUGUUCACCAUUGAGGUAGAGAACCUUGCUAAUAGAAGGAUGCACCACUUGAAGAUUAACCGAGAGGGAAGAGAGCUUACCAUUCAGAUGGAUGAGCAGCUCCGGCUCAACUAUAACUUCUCCCCAGAAGUGGAGUUCAGGGCUGUGAGGUCACUCACCUUGGGCAAAGUCACAGAGAAUGUCAGAUUAGAUUCUGAAGUCGCUAAAGCGAACAGCCUGGGUUUUGUUGGGUGCCUGUCUUCAGUCCAGUACAACCACAUAGCACCACUGAAGGCAGCUCUGCGCCACGCGACCAUCGCACCUGUGAUCAUUCAAGGAGCCCUGACAGAAGCCAGCUGUGGCUCUGGGACGGAUUCGGAUGUGAAUGCAGUGACUACGGUGCAUUCUUCCUCAGAUCCAUUUGGGAAGAGAGAUGAGCGGGAACCACUCACCAAUGCAAUUCAAAGUGACUCGGCUGUCAUUGGAGGAGUAAUCGCGGUGGUGAUAUUCAUCAUCUUCUCCAUCGUCGGCAUCAUGGUGCGGUUCCUUUACCGGCAUAAGCAGUCACAUCGCACGAACCAGAUAAAGGAGAAGGAAUACCCAGCAAACUUGGACAGUUCCUUCAGAAAUGACAUUGACUUGCAAAAUACAGUGAGCGAGUGCAAGCGGGAAUACUUCAUUUGA